AUGGAUCAGAGCGCCUUGCUGAACAGCCAGUACGACAUCCACGGCCGCAUCUCCCGCGCCAUGGACAACCUCCGGAAGCUGGGUGCAGACAAGCUCAACCUCGGCACGGUGAGCACUCGCAUCCGCAUUCUCGACGACCUGUGGGCCAAAUUUGAGUCAAAUCACGACCUCAUUCGGGCAUGCUACGGGCAACUCUACAGCGAGAGUGAGUACGCAAAAAAUGACUUUGUCGACACCGUUGAGAACGCUUACGCGCAUCAACGCGGUUUGCUUCUCGGGCUCGAAAGUAAACUCAAACCCGCGUCGCCUAGAAUGCCGGUCGGAACGGAGCAAAACAGCGAUCACGCUCCCAAAACGUCACUGCCGCGUAUUCAGUUGCGGAACUUUUCGGGCGCGUAUGAGGAGUGGCCGUCGUUUCGAGACCUCUUCAAGUCGGUCAUCGGUGAGAAUUCGUCGAUUUCGAACGUUGAACGGCUCCAUUACCUCCGAUCGUGUCUGCGAGGGCCCGCUGAAAAAUUAGUGAGUUCAUUAACGGUGACCGGGGACAAUUACGACCGCGCGUGGGCUAUUCUGAAUAAACAUUUUGAGAACAAGCGGGAGUUGAUACGCUCCAACUUCGCCACGUUUACCGCCGUGGCGAAAAUGAAGGGAGAAACCGCUGACGAGCUGAGCCGCAUCCAUAACGCCGUCACCACCGCAGUCAAUGCGCAGAAGAGCAUUGGGAGGCCCAUAAAGUCCCACAGAAUGGACCUCUUUAACCAUCUGGUUGUCGAGCUCUUCGACCAGCGUACGCGUCUCGAGUGGGAAUUAUUUGUCUCGGACUCCGUCGAGCCGCCGGAGCACGAGAAGCUCACGGACUUCAUGUCAAAGCGCAUUCUCACGCUAAACGCCGCGAGACCAAAAACCGCCGCGAAAGCUCCCGAUUCCACUCGGUCCGCGAAGACCCACGUCGCGAAACAAGGGUCGAAAGACAACUCCGAUCCGCAGUGCGCCCUGUGCAAGGGGAAACACUCGCUGAUGACGUGCAGUGAUUUUAAAGCCAAGUCCGCCACCGAGCGAAAGACGGUUGUAGAGUCUAGUCGGCUGUGUUUUAAUUGCCUUGGCAAUCACACCGUCGCGAAGUGCUAA